AGUGCAUAAAAGAAAAAAUGCAACUAUGGGUGAAAAUGGACAGAAAAGAAAAAGCGAUGCAUCGUGCGCUAGCUGCUAUAAUGCCAUAGAAAAAGACGAUUGCGUUACGGCUCUCGGACAAGAGUGGCACUGUGAUUGUUUUAGGUGCUCGGUGUGCGAUAUUCAUCUUUCGAACUGGUACUUUGAGAAAGAGGGCUUGCUGUUUUGUAAGGAUGAUUAUUGGGCCAAAUACGGCGAAUGCUGCCAGCAAUGCGCUCAGAUAAUUUCCGGGCCGAUCAUGGUGGCAGGGGAUCACAAGUUUCAUCCCGAAUGCUUUUGCUGCGAGUCGUGCAAAAUUUACAUAGGCGACGGAGAAACUUACGCCUUGGUGGAACGGUCGAAGUUAUUUUGCGGACAAUGUUACAAACGGCAGAUGCAGGAGUCUGGUAAACUGAUCUAUGAAUGCACAGAUAGCGGUAUAAAAAACACGGUUGAAAGCAAGCAAAAGAAGACUCCACAUUCUAUCCGCUUAGUUGAAAUCCCAUGGUCAAGCACAAAAAAGGAUGCGCUGCGUCUAUCGGUGGAUGAGAAUUUGUAUGGUAUUUCUACACAUUCGGAUACCGGCUGUAAGGGUGUUCGAAUUUCAGAACUUGACCUUACGUCUGAACUAGUGUCACUUCAUAUUGGCGACAAGAUUCUGGAAGUGAACGGAACGCCAGUGCGUGACACUCCUCUGGAAAAUGUUGAAAAGUUGAUACAAAAUUCCGGAAAAGUUCUUCAGUUAACAAUCGAACACGAUCCGGAGGCUGUCGGUCGUUGCAAACUGAACCACAGAUAUAAUGAAGAAGCACAAUACCAACGAACAGUAGAAGGACAAACCCAACACGGAGAUAGUAAUGUACUGAAGGAUCGAUCUCCUUCACCAAAUAAAUUAGACAAGGAAAGAAUUUUCAAGAAGAAAGACGAAGGCUAUAUUAGUGGAACCUCACGGAAGUUACAUAAGCGGUUAAAGGACGUCAACUGCAGUAAUGCCUCGAAUAGUUUGAAAGAGAAAGAACGCAGUUCCAGUAUGUCUAAAUUGUUAGACGAACAUCAUCCUCAUCACAAUGGUGAUUUCUACGAUCUAUCGCGAACAAAGUCUUUUCGCGUUGAACAGAAAGCGGCACGAAUUUUUCGUGCUUCUGAUCUCGUACAGGGAGAAUUGUUGGGCAAAGGUUUCUUCGGGCAGGUAUUCAAGGUGACUCACCGAGUGACUCAGGAAGUUAUGGUGCUAAAGGAACUCUAUCGUGUUGAUGAAGAAGCUCAAAAAAAUUUCCUCAAGGAAGUGGCAGUCUUGCGAUCGCUGUCUCACCAUAAUGUUUUGAGGUUCAUCGGUGUUUUAUACAAGGAAAAGAAACUGCAUCUGGUAACGGAAUUCAUUCCCGGUGGUUCACUGAAGGAGUUAAUCCAUGAUUCUGGUUUACCACUGCCGUGGGAGCAGCGAAUUUGCUUCGCACGGGAUAUUUCAUGCGGUAUGAGUUACCUACAUUCAAUGAAUAUUAUACAUCGUGACCUGAAUUCGCUCAAUUGCUUGGUACGGGAAGAUCGCACUGUUAUUGUAGCUGACUUUGGUUUGGCUCGAAUUCUUAAGCAGCCCAUAAGUAGCGCAUUCGAGAAACCCUCUCAGCCAAGUGGAACUAUCGGAAGAAGAGGCAGACCACGCAGACAACGAUACACGGUAGUAGGCAAUCCGUACUGGAUGGCACCGGAAAUGAUGCGUGGUAAUAAGUACGACGAAAAAGUGGAUAUCUUCUCGUUUGGCAUAAUGUUGUGUGAAAUCAUCGGACGAGUGCAGGCGGAUCCGGAUUAUCUACCGCGUACCUCAGAUUUUGGCUUGAACCAAGCGAUGUUUAAAGAAAAAUUUUGCGGCCAAUGCCCGGAGUCAUUCUACAAAAUUGCGUUUCUGUGUUGUGAUCUAAAUCCAGACAAACGACCACCGUUCGAUUUGCUGGAGGUAUGGUUUGAGUGCAUGGCUAGGCGUGCGACAGCCGGAAAACCUGUGCCACCCAAAAUCGCGCAUGAAAUUGAACACUUCAAGGGCCUAAAAAGCAACGAUUCUAGUAAAUGCACAACACCAGAUGGCCUCGAUACGCCUCCCCCGUCAGCGGUUAAACCGUCACUUAGUCGCAAGCGCAUUAGUGAAGAAUCCGUAGAAGAAACUGUGACCUGUGAAAACACUAUUCGCUCGACCGACGGUGAGGAUAUGGUCGAUUGUGGCAAACCAUUGACAGUCGAGUCGAUUGUUGAUACACCGAAAGACAACCCAGGAAACGAUAACAUUACCAGUAGCAGUAGCGUCAACGUUAGUGGUUUCAUAUUGGGCGAGGUUGAAAUUCCUAAGUCACCGCAUUUGGGAAAAGACUUCUCACCGAAUGGAGAUAGAAUUAGAGAUAGCAUUAGGGCGAAGCGUCGCCAGCGAAUGAUACUUAGUAGGGAAAGUCAGCGAAAAUCUCUGGAUUCGAGUAAUUUGGGGCUGAAAUUUAGUAGCUUAGAUAUUGUAGUUAAUCCAGACAGCAGCCUGUCAGAACCCACCAGCUUGAUUCAAGUCGAAAGUGGUGCAGUGAAACAACCUAUUCCAUCAACAGAAGAUGUUUUGAACUCAGUUCGAGACACGCUGGAGAAAAAUUCUAAUCUCAUUCAACGGCGUGAUGGGUCACCGAAAACGAAAAGGUACGGGGAAAAGGGAUUCAUUAUUCAUCUGAAUAAUGGAAGUUUGACUUUAAACAAUGUUAAGGACUUGGAAGGUUGCUCUGAUUUUGAUUCCAGUUGUGACACUAGUUUGAAUUAUAUUGAUUUGAAUGGUAGUAGUGUUAAUGGUGGUUUGGUUCAAAAUGCUGGAAACGAUUGUAAUGUAAGGACAAAUGACAGUAGAGACAUCUGGUCUUCACCAACAGAUAAAAAAGAGAAACAGGAACAAUUCGUCUCAGCCAAAUCACCUUUAAUACUACAAUCAACCAAUCAAAGUGCACUCGAAGAUUUAAGAACUCAUUUGAGCAUGUGUCGCAAAGAUGUUCCCGAGCGCCAGUUGGAGAAAGAAAACGUUAAAAUUGAAGUUCAAACUAGUAAUAAAGAAUCGAAAAGCUGUCGCGUGUUUAGCAAAAUCAAUCCCCUUGCGUCAAUUCUUGGCAGUAAAAAUGGAUCGCCAGAAAAAGAGCGAUCGAAAAGCCCCAUCAAACCUAGCAAGUACACAUCAAAACUGUUUCGAGUUAGUGAUACUCCGAUUUUUGAACGUCGUAACGCAAGGUCACCGGUUCCUUCUCAAUUGAAACGAAGUGAUUCAGAUGAACAAAUUAAGCCGCCCAAAACAGCAAACUUAGAAAAGUCUAUGUUCGCAUCAAAGCAAAAGGUUUCACCAACUUCCGAACUAAAGCCUCAGUCUAGUUUUGGCGAAAGUCGUAUUCAUCACUCUUCUGCGAGUAAUAGCUAUGCCAUAAGUAAGCUCAAAGCAUCCAAGAAUAUCUUCUCGGACAAAAAUCUUCCUCAAGUAUUUGUUUAUAAAACCAAAAAGACACCAACUGCUGCAGGCGCUGGAAUCGCUGCAACUGAAGCCAUAUGUACAAGUAAUUGUAAUUCUAGUACCACUAGUCGUAAGUCGAAGUCGUUAGCAUUAGCAGAAAAGCCGCCCACAAAUAGCCGAAAGCCGCCGAUUAGUGGAAGCAUAGCUAACAAUGUAAGUAAUAGCAAUAGUAAUAGUUUAGCUAAAACACGUGCUGUUAGGCCGACUGAUAACUUGCCCAGAUAUUCGCAACAGUCGACCAGUCUGGACAAACCAAACGAAAAAUAUUUUGCCUUAGCGUCAUCUUUUAGCAGUGGUAGUAAUUCUCGAACUGAAUCUCCUUCUCCUACCUGUGGUGAUGGCGCAGGUCGGACGCGACAGCCAAACCGGACGGCAAUACUUUCGCCGGAGAGUAUUCGUAAGCUCAAUGCACGCUUGAUGGAGUCUCGCAAAGCAACGAAUGACAAUGUGGCUGGAGGCACCGGUUGUGGGCCUAGCAGUUUCAUGUUAAAAAAUAAUAGAAAUAUUAGUUGCAUCGGUACGCCGUCUAGUAAUAUUGGUCAGUCGGGGAAAACGAAUAUUGGUGAGCCGAUGAAUAAAAACCGCACGGCGGCUAAAACAAAGCGUGGUGAUGUUAAAACGGCUGCCAUGUAAGAGCUUUGUUGUUGGUGUUCAAAAUACUAACAAAUUGUGGUUCGUGCAAUACAGUUUGUCACAGCAUCUUGCAUUUAUACUCAGUUUGGUCCCACAGAAGACAUUUUUUCUUUCUUUUUUAGACUGCAUGUAAUUUACAAAGUUUAAAAGUGGAAUCUCUAAAGUGUUCUCUGAAUGUCUGCUAAUAAUACAGAAAAAAUGUUUUCCGAAACUUAGCUUAAUUUACAAGAAAAACAUACAUCAAUUUCUAAAAAUACGAUUUUACAGGAACGUUAUCUAGUUUGCUCAAAAAUUUUUCGAGGGUUUGAGUCCCCUUAACUAAUUUAUGUUAUUGAAAUGUAAUAGCUUUAUGAAACAUGCUUUCGCAAUGAUUUAAAAAACAUAUUUUUGUCAUAUUCUUGCUAAUCUUGUUGUUGACAAACAAUUAUUAGUGUCUUUCCAUUUAUGGAAUGGAUAUCAUUUGACAGAUGAUUGGUACGAGAGCUUAUUACGAAAGUUGAUACUAUGAGAAAAGAAUGUCGAUGCUGUGACAAAUGUUCGAAUUUAUUGGAUUACUAGUAUUAACGUCGUUGCUCAUCUAUACAAAAAAUAACCUGCAAAUAACUGCAUCGUAUUUCGAAUUAGAAAAGAGACCAUUAUUUACAAACAUCUGAUACGUGAUACGUGUUCAUCUCGGUAACUGUUCGACGUAUAUCUACGUAUAUUGCUUUAUUAACCCUCUCCGUCCUCAAGAUUUUAUUUUGCAUUAUUAAAAUUUAAAGUAACAUUUUUCGAUGAAUUGUCAGAAUAAAUGUUAUUGAAUUUCACCCAAAAUUUAACCCCAAAAUUAAAACUUACAAUAAAAAAGUAAUUGUCACCAAUGGACCCUUGUAUUGAUAGAGGGCUUACUCCUCACCUCUAGCAGCAUAGAGUAAGGAUGGUUCAAUCACUUUGGGCUCAUUUUUGAUUUAUUUUACAGUAGCGUCUCAGCCAUGCAAAAUUCGAAAAACUUAAAUAUAGAACAUUUAUAGAACUAGUUAUUGUCUACAAUAUUGCUGAAUAUAGUUUUGUUUUAUCUUUUGUAAUUACGGUGUUGCAAUACUGCAACUUCGUUGGUAGCCAAGUGAACGUUGAUUUGAUUACCCACGCGGUAGCAGUCGCGUAGCAUUAUAAAUACAAAGAUACAGCUUAGCAUUAUUCAGUAAAAUUGUAGAUAAUAACUAGUUCCGAGGUACUUCUUGCCGUAACCAGAAUUCGUGUCCACUGGACCGUCCUGUGCUACUCGUCGCCAAUUCGUUGUGCGUCUCGACACACCCAAGUUGGCUUCAACCUGGUCGAGCCAUUUAGCACGUUGGGCCCCUCUAUUCGCUGUACCGGUGGGAUUCUUGAAGAAAACAUGUUUCACUGCACAGUCGUUUGGCAUUCUUGCGACGUGGCCGGCUCAUCGUAAUCCUCCAACUUUCACCAGGUGUACGAUGGGAAUCUCUCCAAGUAGUGCCUGCAGUUCAUGGUUCAUGGUACUUUACCAAAAAUAGACCGCAAUAUCUUUCGAUUUUGAUCUUUGAUUGAAGCGUCUUGCGGAGGGUAAAGUAGGCUCGGCUGGAGCCUCUUGCUAUCAUAUAUUUAGUUUUCGUUGCAUUGGUUUGUAACCCAAUCCUUUUAACCUCCGUUUUUAGUCUGGCGUAGACUACAUCUACUGUCCCAAGGUUUCUAGUAACGAUGGCGAGGUCGUCUGUGAAGGCUAGUAGUUGGUUACUUUUGCUGAAGCUCGUUCCUCGCGCUUCGAUGCCCGCUCGCCUGACCCGAGGAGGGUGGCUUUGUCGCGAUGUGUAUAUCGUCGAUAUGUUUGAGCGCACGUGUAGUGCUAUUAGAUAAUGCUCCGAGUCGAUAUCUGCACCAUGUAGGGAGCGAAUGAUGGGGAUGUUCGAGAAAAACCGGCCUUCCAUGAGAAUAUGAUCGAUUUGGUUCAAGUUCGUUGAUCAGAUGUUCUCCAGGUGGCUUUGUGGGUAUUUUGCAGGGAAAGAAAGCGCUUCUGAUUACCAGGCCUUGGAAAGCUACAAAAUUGCUGCAUCGCAGACCGUUAUCGUUCGUGUCGGUGUGCAGGCUAUGGGGCCCGAUGACCGGUCUAUACAUCGGUUCCCUGGUGAUCUGGUCGUUCAUAUUCUCGCCUCCAACUGCACAUAGAACGCUUCCUUCUCGUCGUCGAGUCUACCUUUAUGUGGACAGUGCACGUUUAUCAUGGUGCUGUUGAAGAAACGUCCUAUUAUCCUCAGCAUACACAUCCUCUCGUUGAUCGCCUUCCAAACUGUCACGCGAUCCUGCAUUCUGUGCAUCACUACAAAACCCGUUCUCAGCUCGUUGGUAGCGCAACCGCUCUGGUAAAAUUGGACCUUGCCGCCACGGAUCAUCCAUACCUUCUCACGUGUGCUACAGAUCUCUUGCAGUGUCACGGUGCCGAACUUACGGGGUUCUAACUAAUUGAGCAGCUCCCUGUCGCCACCCAUGAAGUUCAGGUACCAAGCAUCCAUCCAUUUCAUGUGAGUUUCGUCGCCUCUGUCCAUGUAUGUUCCGAGUCAAAUUUUCUUGAUUUUUCAUAGUAAGUUGGGUUUGGGUAGGUUGCCUUCCUGCGCUACAUAGUAAGGGGCUGACAUCUUAGGUGUAGUACCGAGAUAGCACAUUUCUUAGUUCAGCCGCCCGGCUUUCGUGAGCCGCUCCUAACCUGGAGUACAACCGCGCACUUGGUUGAGGAAUCACCAAGCCCCAAGAGUCGCCCCUGACAUGGGAACAGACGCCUAAGGCUGACAAGGCUAUUUCUCGUUGCUACACUCAGUGAUCGCAUGAGCGCAGCAAGGUAGUUCAUAUUCCGUCUGGUACCAGGAGGAGGUUGUCUGUCAUCUGCAGAAGUUAUUAAUAAUAAGAAAUACACCGAGGAGAACUAUAAUACAGUAUCGGAAGUCAUAAAUCACCUCUGCUAUCAUGGGACAGCGAACAACCGUACUCUUGAAUAUAAAACUAUUUUUCUGAUACAUAAAUAAACAGCAAUAUCUUUUUAGUUAUUAGAAGCAAGUAUUUUUGUUGCAUAUGAGAAGGACAAAAUUAUUUUUUUUUUCUGUAAAAAGAAAACAAGAACCCAUACAAUUAAUACUCAAAAAUUUUAAAUCUGAAUAAUACUUUUUACAAAUAUGACAGAAGCUGCAAUGUGCUAGUCGUGUAACUCCAUACGAGCAUAUAUUUACUCUAUCGCCCCUACAAAUAAAGUUGUGGAUCACCUGCGCUACCAUUGGACAGAGCGGGUUAAACUAGGCAUAAUUGAUAACGAUAAUUAAAUUUAUAAACAAUCAUUCAGUACCUUGAACUAUUAGAUCUUUUUAUUUCUAUAUCCGCGCCUAAAACCAAUUUUUCGAACGAUAGUUUUAGUUUGAAAAAAAUAAAAAGGUUGUGCCGGCCAUGCUUAGUAUAAAAAGCAAUGGCCAAUGAAACUCGGUUGUGUUUUAUGGCUAAAAAAACUAUUGCUCAAUGCUUUCAACUUUUUCAGAUUGUAGGUAUUAAAUUUAUCACGUCUUUUGCAAAUACACAAUCGGGCGUAUCGAACGAAACAAGAAGCCCUUUUUCUGUUAUUGAAAUCGCCGAGGAUUUGAAAAUGAAUCUUUUUUUCUUACACCAAACUUGCAAAAAUAUAAGCAAUGUUGUAAUGCUACCAAUGACGGACGAUUUGAAACUAAUCGAGUGUCCAAAGCUAUACGUCGCAGAACAUUUCCGAAUGCAGAGUAUAAUUUUCACAAAUUCACGCUAUGUAUGGCACUAACAUUUCUUAUUGUAGUGGUUCAUUUUACUAAACCGAUAAAACGUUGUCCUACGCCAAAAACUGAUGAAUAGAAUUCUCCUGAAACGAUGUUGUCGGUUCAGCAUAGUUAGCAUCGUUUUCGCCAUUAAAUUUAUGUCAGUUUUUACAGUUUCGGGAUAUCAUGAUAUUUUGUGGUAGUAGCGUGAUGAUGGACGAAUAGAUAUUGCUUACCUUGCUAUCAGUGAACAAAUAUUGCUCUACUUUACUCAAUGAAGCCGAAUGCUUGUUAAAGUGUUUAUAUCGCAAGGACGUUAACAUUGCGAUACCAACAGUUAAAUUACAAGAAAAAACAUAAGAACAUACAUUUGUAAACCAAUUAAAAACCAACAGAAUUGGAAGCACCCCAUAUUAUUACCAGAAAAUUCUCUGUUAUAUAAAUGCAUACAGUUUUUUAGAUAGCACUUUGAAUUAUCCGCACGUGUUUUCAACAGUUUCAAUCUUUCUGUUACAACAACUAUUACUAUUACUACUACCUACUACUACCUUAAAAUGUUAAGUAAAUUGCCUCGAAUAAGCCACAUAUGUCUGUAAUACAAUAGUUAUUGUCCUAUAUUCAAGACUUAGCCAUAAGAAUAUUCAAUUCCAAACUUUGGUUGUACUAAAUAAUUUUACCGUAUAUGAUUCUUUUGUCAAUUUACUGAAGUAGACAAGUUACUAACCUGACUGUGAUAUAGUACAGAAGUGUAAUGUUUUAAAACGGUAUAUAAUAAUAACUGAUGUGUAGUGAUAGGAACGUGCGUAAGUUGACUCAAAACUAAACAUUAAGACAUAAAGAUACGUUAGCCGGUAUUCGCCGUGCCAGAAACGGUUCCAAAAGCCAGGGUGGUUUUAGUACAUGGCCGCAAACACUUUUGGGGUUAUGGUUGAACGCAUGUACGAUGCGUUAUUUUUGUAUAUUCUGCAGUCUCUCGAGCGGAAGCCAGCAAUAGCUCGUAAUAUUCGCGCGUGUUGCGAGUGAGAGAUAAAGAAGAAAGGGUAACAGCACAUUCCAACACGCGGAUUAUAUUACAACAAUCAAACUGUAUGUAAUUGUAAUUUAUGCUGUAGAUAGGAAACCUUGUAUUGUGAAAGUUGAUUUAAAACGUAAUUGUAACUGCAAAUUGGAGAAUGGACCGGAUAAAACGCUGUAGGUAUUAUGAAAAGCCAUAAACCAUGCAUGUUUGCAAAACAUGUGCAUCCGAAAUUGGGACAAGCGGAUGUAUACAAAUUUUUGAAAUAUAAAUUUUUUCAACGAGGAACCGGAUGAUAAGGGAUUGUAUAUUUUUCGCUGCUCCUGGAUUUUGGUUACAAUGAGAGUGUCAUUUUAAGUUUAUUGGUUAAUAAAUCGUGAAUGAAACGAAAAUCAACAAAAAAGAUAAUGUUUUUUCUGUUUGGCAGUUAUAACAUUCCGCGGCAAUUGUCACGCAAUUUGAUUGUGUUAAGCAUAAUUAUUU